AUGAUAGUACGCGCCCCGUCGCAAGGAAGCGCUAUCUCACAAACAACACAACACAUGGGUCCUCAUAGCCGCCCAGGGACCGCAGACCCCCUACGAUCACGAUCGGAGACAAUUUCGCGAGCUGGCCACCGUGCUCGAUCAAGAGGUUCAACUGCCAGUAUCCAUUCGAGCACAACCCAGCAAACCCAAGACCAACACGUCGAUGCAUUCCCCCAGUUUAUGCCCUCGCAGGUCGCCAAUGCCCAGAACAUGUUCGGAGGUAACCCUGAAGACAUGAUCAUGCGAUUCAACCACCAAUUCGCCCAUCAAACCCAUGGCGCGUCUAUGGAUCAAGGGUUACGAGAUGCCCAUUCGGUAAUGGCUCGACAGGACGAUUUCCCGACCCAUCCUAUGCACAACCAUACGCUUUCGCACCACUCAAUCCCGCAGGAUAUGGGUUCCAAUGGUGUCCCUAGUGUUGCUGUUCCUCAGUACCAGACUAUGUAUGAUAGCGGGAUUGAAAAUCAUAUACCCGAGCAAGUUAUGGAGGAGCAAGAAAUUUCGGAGCAAGGAGGAAAAAAGAAGAGGGGGUCAAGUUCCACGCUUGCAAACGACAACGAGCUUCGUAAACUCCUUCGUCAGUAUGAAGGAUACACAUUAAAACAGAUGGCCACUGAGGUGAUGAAGCAUGAGGGUGCUGGAGGUAAAGCAGAGAAGGUGAAGCAGGUAUUCGCUAUGAUCUGGUUGCGAGAAAAUUGUCGAAAGAGUAGUGGCUCGGUAAGGCGAGAUCGGGUUUAUUGCUGCUAUGCAGAAAAGUGUGGGACAGAGCGAGUGUCUGUUCUGAACCCCGCCUCAUUUGGAAAGCUUGUGCGGAUCAUCUUCCCAAAUGUUCAGACUCGUCGUCUCGGUGUUCGUGGAGAAUCCAAGUACCACUACGUGGAUUUGUCCGUCAUUGAGGAAAAGCAACAGAAGGCUGCAUCAGUAAAUACACAUGUCGCACCUAGCCAGACACCUUCAGUGGCCCCAGAAAGGCCCGCAAGUGCAAUGCGUUCACGCAGUAUCAGUAUCCCUCAGCCCACUGCUGACUCGGCCGUCUUUCCCUCCCCGACAACCUCUUUUGCACCCCGAUUUCCUGCCAACUCUCCCGGCCCAACUUGUGGCUGCCCGGCCGAUACCCAUUCCGGUCUACCGGGGUCAGAUUCCACCAUUACUGCCGACAACGUUGCACAGCAAGCUGGCAGAAUGAUCCACCAAAUGCUUCAGUUCCCCACAGAUGAACCCCCGGUUGAUAAUGAUACCCUCACGUUACCCGAUAUUCGCGGUCACUUGCCCGCCAACACCGAUUUAAAGGUGGCAGAUGCCCUCGCAGCCCUUUACCGAUCCCACUGCAUCUCGGUCAUCGACAGUUUCCGAUUCUGUAAAGAACGAAACCUUCUAAAGUAUUUCUCUGCAUUUCACGGGACAUUGACUGUUCCUGUUCAAAAACUCUUAACACACCCAAAUCUUGCCCCAUGGAUUAAGGAGUGUGACUGGCUUAUGUACCAGAAGAUGAUUCCUUUCGUCGCGCCUCUUACUACACAAGUUGUCCCCAAACCUGUGCUUGAUGCGUUCCGCUCUAUAUCUCAGCGACUUUGUGGGCAUAUCGCCGAAACAUUCAAGACACAACCAGCCCAUGUGUCUAUCGCACGCUUGAUCCCGGCCCAUAUAUUCUGCAACCUCUUAAAGCACAUGCUUGAUGUCAACCAAGCUGCCAACGCCGCCGCUGCUUGGCUUUGCCAUCCUGAAAACCGCAAUCAGAUGUGGGCUGAUUUUAGGUCUCUUGUAGACCCGGCGGAAAUGAUCUCCAAGGCCAACAUUCCAGUCUGCGCAGCACGGGCCACUGAGCAAAUUCUCAAGCACGAUGUUCGCGCUCUGCUGACCCCUGUGUCCGAGGAUGAUCCCGCUGGGACCUUGCCUUUUUACCGCAAGCCAGAUUCGGCGGAAGAUAUUGAAGCCCACCCACUACCAGUUGACACAGCCGGUGGUGACGAGUAUAACUUCCCAGACAAAUGGAUUCAGUUCAUUCUCAGCAUUCCAGCAGUUUUCGCCAACCACCGAUCGCAAUGCAUUAUUGAAAAGGUUGAUGCGUUGUGGGAAAACAUCUUGCAUCGUCUUACUCUCGGUGGAGCAGCUAGCUUUAGUGCUUGGUGGAUGACGAAAGUGUUUUUCCAUGAAAUGAUGCUCUGGCAAGCAGAGAAAGGUGGCUUCAUGCGAAGCAAUCCUGCCUCAAUCCAAAACCUCACAUUCGGCACAGAGCAGAUGGGUAUGGGUAGUUUUCAUCUGAAGCACAACACGACCUCAAACCGCAACUCAUUUGAUGCACAAUCCUCCAGCCAAGCUCGAUCCCACCCCAACACAGAAACCCCCGGAGUUGCGCAGGCCCCAAACGGUGAUUCAGAUGCCGAUGCGAAACACAUUCCAGCAGAGAAAGAUCUAAGCCUCAGUGAAUCUGGCUUCCAAGCGCCUAACAAUGAUGACAGCGCAAUUGAUUUGGAAGACGACCCAAUGAUGAUUGCGGUUGGUAAAUAUGGUGAUAUUAUGGCCUCCGACCCGGCAGACGCGGAAGGCGAUGUGGUUGUUAUUUAG